GAAGUUUAACGUUCCAGAGCAACACUGGGCUAUGAUUAACACCGUAGUGAAGGGCUCCGGAUUAAUCUCGACACCCAGUGUGUGUGUUUAACGUGCAGCUAAAUCUAAAUACACAAUUUUUCUUUCUCUUUUUACAUUUCGCCUCUAUAAAAUGUAAUCAUCAUCAUCAUCAUCAUCAUUAUCAUCAUCAUCAUCAUCAUCAUCAUCAUCAUCAUCAUCAUCAUCAUCAUCAUCAUCAUCAUCAUCAUCAUCCAAAUCAGCAGCAAAACAAUAUAGCCACUGUACCACUGUGGGUACCGUGGCUAUAUUGCCACUGUACCCACAGUGGAGCCUGUUUGAUGCGGCACUUUUUGAAGCAAGAGAAAGCCGAACCCAUAAAGCUAUACAGCAGACAUUUCUACAUGGAUAUUAACGCAACAGUUCGUUCGCAAAUCGCUAUUUCUUUUCGCAUUUAUUUUGAGGAUUUGCGUAGAGUUACGUAGUUAAACCUUUCGUAUGCGUUUGCAAGAAGUAUCAGGCCGCGUAUAGCAAUAUACCACCGCAGCCGUGAUGUGCGACGAAUUGUGUAGAGGCUGUUUCUUGCACUACAUUCGUUGCCUCUGUUAUUAGAUGUUCGUGGAAAACUGCGUCUCAGCGUCCGUGUCGAAUUCGUGGUUGAUUAAGGCGCCUCUUAUUCAUGUCCAGAUCUGUCUACCCAUGUAUGUUCAUAGUAGGUAAAUACAGUAUAUGCCGUUGUCCGUGAACAACUUCGGUAUAUUUGAUCGAGGCGACUAGAAAGAUCGCUGCUGUUUAUUUCUAUUGCCGCGCACUUUUACAGGCUCAUGGUUUGAUGUUCUACAAUGCGACUAUCACGUAUCAGCCACAUGUGCCUGCCAUGCUCAGUGUGGAAGGAAUUCGAGACGGAGGUCACGUCUACCUUAACGGUGUUUUUGUGGAUUCCAUAUCCCGUGCCGAGAACAAUAAUGCCCUACUGAUUAAAGCGAAACUACACCAAGAACUGACAAUUCUCGUUCAUAAUGAGGGCAGGAUCUCAUCGGGGAAAGACCUAAGCGAUAGUAAGGGGAUUGUCUCGAACGUGACGUUGGACAAACGCCUGCUCACCAACUGGACCAUGCGGCCAGUUCCGCUCACCAACGCCAACUGGCUCACGGAUUACGCGCAGAUGCGCUCUAUUCGAGAACAAACCUCUCUGAGAGCCGCCAGUUCAGCUUUCGAGGUGCGCGUCUUUGCUGCCAAGUUCGAGCUGCCUGCCUCCGAUGCCUACGACGUGUUUUUGAGGCCCGACCAGAAGACGAAGGGCAUUGCGUUUCUGAACGGUUUCAACCUGGGCCGCUACUGGCCGGCGAGAGGGCCCCAGAAGACGCUGUACGUGCCACGCACGCUGUUCAGGAAGGAGAACUUGCUCGUGCUCAUCGAGCUCGAAGGGGGCUUCUACCGCGGCGACAAACCCCCCGUCAUCCACUUCGUCGACGAACCAGAGCUCCAUGGCACGGUCCACAGGAUGGACGAAUAAACGUGACGAAAAUUCGUCUAAUACCGCAAAG